ACACAAAAUGGCAGAAAUCAUCAAGCGCUUUCCAUGCUUCCUUACUAUUUUAAAGUAUCAUUGACAUGCAGACGAAGCUGUGUACUUACUUGAUUCUCUCUGAAGUCAUACUAAAAGCGAAUAGCACUCGAUAUGAGCUAAUCAUAGCCCUCCAGUUCAAGAAAAGAGCACUUUCUUUAUUUCACAAUCUGCAGUUGGAAAAAUUAUUGACCUACAGAAUCCUUCUAUUUGACUUAAAAAUCACCUUCAGUAAAAACCUCACUGUUCAACAGAUGUUCAAGUACAUAACGCACAUUGAUGAUGAGCUUAAGUUGCUCUCUGAUGACAAAAGGGUGGCCAGGAUGUACCCUAAAAACCACAAUACGUACCUAGAGAUGAUGAACAGGUUUAAGAUACGAGUGAAGAGCGCCAAGAAGGAGCAAGGAUACAGGCUGUUCAUGGAGGAUGUCAAGAAGUUCUUUAGGCAUGGGGCUUUUGGGUUCCUUGAUUUUACUGCAUGCAAGUUUGGCUUUACAAGAGGAGAGAAGGUCAAUCUGGGUAUUGGGUGUGAACUGGUUGAUAUGAACUUGGUUAAUGAUGAGAGUCAUAUUACAGACCAUUUUUAAGGAGAAGAGAGAUGGGUUUAGAAAUUUACAGUUUGUACCUCAUAUUGAAUUUCUUGAUCUUUGGGUUGAGCAUCCGUUCUGUGAGAGGUUCAUGCAAGAGUGUGAGACAAAGAUUGACGUACUGAGGAUAAAAUCAGUGGUAAUUGAUUUCUUAGACUUCAAAAGUAUAAAAACUCAUUAUAAAGAACCAAAAACUUUUCCUCUACUGGAGAAUGCUUAUCUUUGAAAUUCACUAAGCACACUGAUAAUUGACAAUGACAUCUGAAUCUCUUUUCUGCGAGAUUGAGUAUUUAACGAUCUCUCAAGCACAAAGACAAAUAUUGAACAGAUUGUAUUAAAUAAGCCAAGUCUUCACUAUUCAGUCAAAAAGUCUACUCUAGAUUUCUUAUUCAUUAAUCUUUGAGAACAAGGCUCAUCAGGAAUUUCCAAAGUGCAUCCAAAAUUAAAAUAAGCUCUCUUUGAAUAUUUUGGAAUUUGAGAAAGAUAAGCUUCCAACUUCAGAGUUAAAAGUCUCUGAGUUUUCUCUCCUCGCAAUUAAAAGAGAUGCGACAGCUUGCCUAUCGUACAAAAUCACUGGAUGUGCUACAAUUAGUGCUUGAUGAUGGAGGAAUAAAGAAGCCGAGAUCAUUGGUGAAUUCAUUAACACAAUUGAUCUCAAUAUUGAUUCAUCAGUUAAAGUUGAGGAAAUCGAGCAGGAUGAGUUCAUGCUUCCUGAGAAGGAUUUCAUAAAGCUUGCACAACGUUCUGACUCUUUAGGACUAGAUUCUUGACUAAAGAAAGCCAGUUAUGACAUAGUAGUAUGAAUCUCGCCUUCUAAAGUCCUCAAGGGGAACUUUUUAGCUAAAACCCCACUUGCUUUAGAAGAUAUCUCAAUUGCAUCAAAAAUGAUCACAAGCAAAUCUCCAAGCUCUAAACUAUCAAUCAACUUCCAGAUCGGAAAGAAGAACGGACGCUCUCUAACAAAACCAAAAUGUCAGGACCUAUUCUCCACAGCAUCCCCAAAUUUAUUAUUCUCAAAGGUCAAAAUUUCAUUCUAUAACCCCAAAAUUCGUACUUGCUUGACCUCCCUCCUCACCAAACCCCGUUUGUCCAAAAAGCUGCCAAAUCAGCCUCUAAAAUCCUUAGAAAUCACCACUCCAAUUUCUAAAUAAAGAUGUCAUCCAUAUCUUUAAGCUUAAAAUUCUCAAGAUAAACUUAAAGGCUGAAUAUUUUGAAGACCUCAUGGAAGAGAUCAAUAAAGAGACUAAGUGGAUCACCCUUAUAGCACAGAGGUAUGCGGACCCGAAGUUAGGAAAGAGAAGCCUAAAGAAGUCGCCUUUUAAGGAAUACUUAUUGGAUAUUGAGAGGUGGUUUGAGAACCAGCUAGAGUUUUGUAAUAUUGAGUGUCAAGUUGGGAAAAGGCAGGUUGAAAUCAAUUGAAGAGGAACUUGUGUUGUCAAAUUGUAAGCAAGAGUUAUUGAUCUGGGCAUUAAGUUUUCGAUGUAGUAUUUCUCUUCUAAAUGAAAACUCUUAUUAUCAUUAAAAUAAGCUCAUUUGUUAUUAUUCUCUAUUGCUAAAAUCU